CUCUUUCAGGAAGUAGUUGCAGAAACUACAGAGGAAAGAGCAAGGAGAGCUGUUAGCUACACCUGAAGCACAGCCUCUGUCAUACGACAUACUUGGGAAAAUAUAAUUAUGUCUUUGACAGUUCUCAGGUAUGUUACACGUGGUGGCUUUACUCCUGAACGUGGAUAUUAAUGUAACCUGACGUUUGUAGUUUUUGUAGUUUUAAGACAAUGUCAGGCAGUCAGGCUGGGAUCAAGAUACUGUAAUGUCUUUAUUCUGUAUUUAUAUAUCUGUAAAUGAUCGUGUUUUGAUUGUGAAGUGUCUGAAUUUAUUGUUAACUCAGUAAUUUGAUGUUAAUCUGAAUGUAAACUUGUAUUUAGAGGUUGUUUAGUCCUCACAGGUGUGAUAACUCUCACCUGUCUCUGUUUAUAGACUCAGGUCCCUCUGCAGAUUACAGCGAAUCCAGAGCCACAUGGUAAGAAAUCCCUUAUGCAGAUGUAUUAUUUCUAUAUUUACAGGAUUCAGUGCAAUAAUACAGCUUCUUUAAUUAAUGUCAGUGAAAAAUAAAACUGUGUAGGGUCUAUGUCUGGAUAAAAACUGUCCUAAAAUGUUGUAUUUUAUGAAAUGUAAUUAAAAAGAGAUGGAAAAAACAACAUAUAUACUCAAACUCUAGAAGGGACAAUGUAUAGUGAAUGGGUGAUUAUGCAAAGUAUUAUCUCUUCAAGUUGAGGCAGGUCCAUCUGCUUCAAGUCAGCUCUCUGCUCAUUCUCUCUGUCUCAGUUUCUAACUCAGUCUACUGUCCUGUCCUCUCUGAAUAAAGACAUAAACAGUUUCAUGGUGAUGGAUUCUUAUCAGUGAACUUGCAGGAGUACCUGACGUUAACCUGACCAUUUUCAAUAACAAUCAGAUGGAUGAAACAGAGGCUCUGCAAAGUAGUUAGUAUGCAAACCCUGGUGAAAUGUUAUAUUAUGGUAAAAAGAAAAGGCAAAUGCAUCUCACAUAUGCUUCAAAAAUAUUCUCCUUUUUUAUGUGUUUUUUGAACUUCACAUCCUUCCUGAUAGACAUAAUUCUGCUUCUUUAGAGCUCAUUUUAUUGUGAAGAUUUCCACAGAUUUGUCUCCCUGUCUCUGUUUCUGAUCAGAUGUCGAGUCAGGUGGAACCAGAGGUCCUCCUGGAGAAAGUGGGCAACGCAGGCGUGAUCACCAUAAACAGACCCAAAGUCCUGAAUGCCCUCAACAUGCCCAUGAUCCGACAGAUCUACCCUCAGCUCAAAGUAUGUACUCAGUCCAGUUAAUACACACUUCAACUGGGGCAAAUGUCGAGGCCUCCAGUGUGUCAAGGGUCAUUUACUACAGCAGCAUGUUCACUGAGUAUGUUAAAUUCCCAGUCCUGAAAGUUGUGACAGAUCUGAUCAUUAUCUCAUUCAGGAGUACUCAAUGUGAAAGGUUACUGAGACAUUAAAACACAUUUAAGUUCAUCAAUACUCAUAAUAUCUCAUAAAUACCUGUUGUUGUUUUUUAAGAAGUAUUUUCUCUCGAUUCUAGAAAUGGGAAAGUAGCAAUGACACUGCCAUGGUGAUCAUCAAAGCAACAGGCGGGAAAGCUUUCUGUGCUGGAGGAGACAUCAGAGGUGAGCAGCAGCCUCAGUGUUUCUGUUACUUUAGUUUAAUUAAAUCUAAUUCAGGCCUCUCAUGUUUGGACUGACUUUUCAAUCAGAUCACAAAAGAAGUAAAUAGUAAAAAAGAAACAGAACUUACGCUGUAGUUAGGACAUGGCCCUUCACCUCAGUUUUGAUCUGUUUUUUGUCUCCCAGCGGUCACAGAAGCAGGGAAAGUCGGGGACCGUCUGGCCGAAGACUUUUUCCGUGAGGAGUAUAUUCUCAACAAUGCAAUCGGUAAGUAUCAAUAUAUGAUUAUACCUGUAUUUUGUGUAUGAUGUUUAUAUAAGAGCAUUAACUUAACGUCACACAUUCUUUUCAGGAACAUUCAAGAAACCGUACAUCGCUCUUAUUGAUGGAAUAACGAUGGGCGGCGUGAGUACAGAUUUAUAUUACUAAGGUUUCCUUGUGUCUUUAUUUUUAUCCAGUUUUUGAUCCACUUUGAGAAUUACUCUCCAUGUGGUGUAAUGUUCAUGUUGGCCUGUAGGUGUCAGUUGUGAACUGUCUUUCACUGUUACCCGCUGCUCUUGGCAAGGUGGCCUCUGAUUGGCUGUUAUUAGGAAUGACAAAGCAUUGUUGCUCCCUAUCAUAUGUUUUUAGUCCGAGCUUACCUCUGCUAACAGUGAGGUCAAAGACAUGAUAAGAGAGAGACACUGAGAUGCGUCAUAUCUGGAAUUUCAUGACUUUUAAAGAUCUGUUAUUGAACUACAUGAUUGAAAUCCCCUCAUCAGAGUUUAUGUUGGACUUUCACAGAGUCUGUUUUGUUUUGGUCUCGUGACCUUGACAUUUUUUAAACCUCUUGGGUCUCUCAUAGCCUCUAAAGUCUACUGAGGUCAUUACUCAUCUGGUCUCUGCGUGACAGUGUGUGUAUGAGUGUGUAUAUGAGUGUGUUUGUGUCGGUGUCCCUGCAGUGCACAGAUGUGUGAAAACCAAACAAGCUAAUGUGCACAGCAGUGAACCUCAGAGUCAAAACCCCGACCAGCAGAAGGUGAAAGAUGCUGUGUGCGCUCUGGUGCUCCUCAGAUCACUUUGGGACUGUUUUGGAGCAGGAUUUGACACUUGUGGAUCCUUUAAUGAGGUUUUGCUCCUUUAAUUGGUUGUGUUAUUUAACGAGAGUAUAGGAGAUACUUUUAGAUGUAAGACAGGGGCACAAAAAUCUGAUAUUCAUAGAUAAAUAAUAAUAUAUGGAUAUCAGAUUUCGGGUGGCAGUAGCUCAGGAGGUAGAGCGGUCGUCCAAUAAACGUAAGGUUGGCGGUUCAAUUCCCCCCUAUCCCGUGUCUGUCCGUUGUGUCUUUGGGCAAGACACUUAACCCACCUUGCUCCUGUUGUGUGUCCUCCACUGGUGUAUGAAUGAGGUGCGAAUGAAUGAUGUAUCCAAUGUAAAGUGCUUUGAGGGUCUCUGAUAAAGUGCUAUAUGAAGUCUGAUGCAUUAUUAUUAUUGUUGUGCUCACAUACUUAAAAAACACACAAAAGUAUGCAAAAUAGAUGCAAAAUGGCAUUCAGUAUUAAAGGAACACCCACAAUGCUGAGCUGCAAGUCAGCCAACACCUGAAAAGAAUAAAAGGUACUUUGACAGGAGAAGAAACUGUGUGAAAACAAACAAAAAAACACUCAGUGACAGCUCAGAGGCAGGAAACAAACAGCCAACAGCUCAGCACUGCAGGAUAAAGACAGCAGACUGCACAGGUUUAUAUUUCAGCUAAGAGAAGUUUAACUUUAACAAAAAAACAUCCUUUUUCCCUCUAAACGACAUUCACCAUUCCUCUCAAACUUGACUUCUUUACUGGAGCUGAAAACCUAAAGGUGUGAAUUUGAGUUUUAGGUGAUUAGUCUCCCUGUCAUAAACCUUCACACUGAGACAUUCACCAGGGUUUGACUGCUGAAAGCUGUGAACUGAGAAAAUCCUCUCGUGUUUGCUUGAAUUUCUCUGUUUAGACAGCCGUGAUGAUGACCCCACCCCCGCUCGCUGUUUUCCCUCUGGAAGAGAAACAGAGGCUGUAAUUUAUUUGUCAGAUCAAAAUCUGAGAACAAUGCGUGUUGGCGUGCGGUAAUGGAUGUGAGGAAUGAUCCGCUCCGCUUUAUGUCGCACCAUAUGGUGUGUUACCGUCACUUCGGCUCAUCAUCCCAGAGGGAAACUUUAAGAGCUGUGAUGUUUGUCGAAUUCUCUGAGCUGCUUUUCAAACACUUUUUACGUCUCUCAUGGAGUCUCUGCUGUGGGAAUAAAGUGAUUUUGAAGUGCCCCGCUCUGAUUUGUCACAUUAGCUCAGGGAGAAAAGAAGCAAAUGUUGACGUAAGCCAUCCUCUGGGUGAUGUCUGUUUCAUGUGGAGUGGUUGAAAACAGACUCGUUCUAUAUAUGGAAAAGUCCGAACAGAGUCUCUGUUCCCAGAUCUGCUCCAAGCUGGGGGCAGAACUCCCACGUCGGAGCAGCAUUCUUGUGUUAGUGAUAACAAACCGUCAGGGAUUGAGGGGGGGAGUCAUUCGCAGGUCAGAGGACGCACAAUCGGCUCAUAUCACGCACAACAUUCAUCGCUCUCGAAGUUUAAAGCCCAGGAAUUAAAGUCCUGAAAGCUGAAGUGUUCUCCAUCUCUGUCUGCUGGGCUCCACUCUCUCUUUCUCUCUUUCUCUCAGCCUGGAAAGUUUCCUGGUUCAGGGUUUUGAAGUUAGGCUGUAUGAGGUGCUCAUCAAUAACAAGUGUACUUAAUGUGUCCCACAUAGAGCCUGGACCUUCUGAGUAUAAAACUGACUAUUUUUAUUUUUGCAUUUUUCAGUUAAUCCAUAUAAAGUCCUCAUAUGUGGUCAAAGCUUUGACAAAUCCUUGUUUCCCUCUGUCCCCCUUGAACCUGCAGCACCUGGCACAUGCUCUGAACCACCAUCACAAUCUGACUUACUCCAAAACAUAGAAGAGUUGACACCAAAUAUUAACCUGGAGAUGAUUUAAGCAAAUCCAAUAUGGUCAAAAAAGCCAUUUAGGUGUAAAAUGUUGUAUUUUUUGGACACGAAGCUUCAAAAUAAAAGGAUUUGUUGAUCCUUUUAUUCACAUCUAACACAGAGGAUAAGCGAGUACCAUUUUCUCAUCUAAUUCUGUUCCCUCGUUGUGUUUCUGAGAAACAUUUGAGGUUUAGUUGUCGUCUAAUAGAUGGAUAUUUGUCUGCAGCUGGACGUCUCUAAUCUCUUCCCCCUGGAGAGCAGAGCUUUUUGUCUGCGAACGUCCACAUCUUCUUAAGUGGAAGACGAGAAAGCGGGAGCCAAACAGAUCUCAGCGCUGACUUUGAUCUCUGUGUUCAGGUUCUCAUCUUUCAGAUCCUGCACAGACUUUGUUUAGGAAGAAAAUACUUUGUGCCAGGGCGAAGUGGAAAGAUGUCGCCUUCUCCUGAAGUGUGUCUGAGUACUAUCUGUCAGAGGUAUCGCUUCACGCCAGCUCAGAGGCUCUCCAUAGAGAUGUUCAUGAACCAUUUUCAAAACUUUAAACUGUUUAUUAGGUUGGACCAGCAUCCUCUCCUCCUCCAGCUCUACUAAAAUGAAGCCAAAACACUUCCUAUCUUAUCGUUCAGUCACUUUGGUUUCAUUGGUUUCCCCUCACCUCCUCCAUGAUCAUCGGGUCAGUAUCACAGAGAGAGCACUUCAUCAGGCCCUCUGUAGUUUUACCCAGAGUAAACUUUCCCAGCCAGGCUGUAAAUUUAGCCGCUCAUUCUGUUAGUAAUCACCAGCUAUAAACACGCUCCUCUGCAUACUUCUGAUGUUUACAUCAGGACGUGGAGACGUGUUCUUAUAUGGUGCUCGGUGGCAUCGCACCAGCAUGCAACAAUGUUCCACUACUUUUACGGAGAAACUCAGAUAACGUCAAAAUGAAUGGCCUUUAAUUCCCUUUGGUGCAUCAGAAUUCACUGUUAAAAAAAAACUGCAUGCUGUUUCAACUGAUGAAGACCAGAGGAGCUUACUGAGACAUCUAGCUACACAAUUAGACCUCCAAAGUGGGCAGUAUUCUUUAAUUUCUUACAUUAUCAAACAAGGAUUGGUAUAAAAAGUGUUUAAAAAAACUCAUAAAUUAAAUGUCAGAUUUCAUUUGUAGUAAAGUAUUUUUGAGCUCUUCAAGCUGCAAACCAUCAGUCUUCUCAAACUUUUAUAUAGCCUAUAACACUUCAUGAACAUUCAGUCCAUUUAAGAAACAUAAACUCAGGGAUGUGAGGAGCUAAAAGACGCUAUAAAGGCAGAAAUGAAAAACAUGUAAAUAUUGAUGCUUGUUAAACAUGUCUUUGUGAGUCCACUCAUUGUGUUAGUCAGUGUCCCUGAACCAGGUCUAAACAGGUCCGGACCCUCUGCUGCUGGUUUCACAAACAUGUCUGAACUCUCUGUGGUCUCUGGACUCAAACAUGAACGGUCCUUUUUCACUCGAUCUGCAGAUGUUGAACAUGUGACAGCCGCGAGGUAACAGGGAAUGAGAUUUAAGAGGCCUCAGUCGUCCACCAGGAAUAUUCAAUUAACUUAUUAAAUCUCCUUUUUUAGCUUCACCCUCUGACUGAGUAACAGGAUGUAGAUUUGAUUAAGAAUGCGCUCAGAAAAAGCAAAAUUAUCACUAAUAAGAAGUGAUUUAUCUUGAAUUUUAAGUUUGACACAGUUUGACUCUAAACUAACAAAAAACAACCUUUAACUUAUCUCCUGUAGUUGUGUGUUUGAGCAUAAAUAUUUCUAAUCUCAUCGUGUUCCUGUUCUCCAAAGUCAGGCGGAUUUAUGAGGAAUUUAACCCUGAGCCUGCGUUCGCUCUGAGCCGCAGAGCUGAUGAGUUUAAAAAGCUCAGCCGUCAUAAACUUCUGCUGACAGAAGUCACAGUCUGUCUCUUUUGUUUCUCUGUAUUUGGGAUCUGGCUUUUAAAAGCGCAAUUACUCUGCGCAGAGGUCUGUUUAUUCUCCACCGAUCAGAUAUUUUUAAUCCUCUCUGCUCGUUUGUCAGCCAGCAGGACCGGGCAGCAGGUCGUCGCUCUGCUCCUGCACUACGACUGAAAAGUCAAAGUGUUUUUGAAACUUUUUCGGCAAAUCUGCUGAAAACACGAUCUACAAAUGCGUGUGAAAACAAUCGGUUUGCCCUGAGCUCGGGCUUGCAGGCUCAACCAGUCUUAUUUGCAAAGUUUCAUCAAAGCAGCUCCUCACUAGAUUUGUUUAAGUUGGGGUCAUUUGGACGAUUUUGGACCUGAUUCCCCCCCUUUCAACAAAAGUCAGCAAAGACCCCGUGCUUUUUCUGACUCUAUUAGCUCCAUCGGUGGAGUUGAAACUGUGGCAGAUGUUUACUGCAGCCUUUGUUUAUAGGGUCUUUGCUCCAUCUGAGCCAAACCAGCAACCAAAGUUUAUCUCUACAUUUGAUAUAGAGCCGUACAGGCAGGUUUACGUGACUUGACUGCCUCCUCGCCGUAAACCCCCUGUGAGAAUUCAUGAUCAGAAAUAAAUCAGGAGUUUAAUCCCGGCCUGUAGUUCACGCCGACCCUCGGGCGGGUUCGCCUGCUGACCUCCCUCUGCCGUUAAUCAGCACUCGUCUCUCUUUGACAUAUUGGAUAUUAUCUGACCUGACCGGUGAACGACCCCGCUCUGAGGUACAGUCCGAGCUCCAUCUCCACAUACUCCCCUGUGGGACGAUGAUUAAUUCAUUAAUAAGGAAUCUUCUAGAAAACUGAAGGUCGGUGGAGUCAUGUCAUUUCUUUAUACUGCUGGAUCACCCCCCCUACACGGCUGAGACAUCAUUUAUUAUCUUUUUAACCUUCAGCUGAGUGCAGCAUCCGUCCUCUAUCUGACGUCUGUUAUUGUCUGACACCUAAACUUUCUGUGAUUGAUAGAUUUUAUUGAUCCGCCCUGUAAUUUAUCAUCAUCCAGUUAACAAGGUGAUCUUGUCUUCUGUUGUUUGGAUGGAGGACAGCUGAGAAAAGCAUUCAUAGAUUAUUUGAGUGAUAUGUGGAAGGAAGGAUUCAUUCGUGUGGAGAUGCAUAAAGAGACGAAUGAACUAUUAGGGAUGUCCGGGUGUUUUUUAAGGCGGUCUGUUUGUACUUUUCUUGAACAGUGAAAACUUUGCAGGUAGAGUCUGAAUGCAAGUCUUUUAAAAGGCAUAACAGAACACAGCGAUGUCAUGAUAUUCCCAAAUGUCAUCAAUGACUAAUAGCUAUUGACUGAUAUUAAAAUCUUUUUUGUUUAUACACCACAAAAAAAGAUGCUUCUUUAACGGAUUCCUGCCUACCCCACCUUUAAUGGCCUGCAUGGUCAUCAUUCACCUGUCUGUGUUUUACUUGAGUUUUAUGUGUAUCAGUGAAGGUCAAAAUGUGAAGAGAUGGUGUUUAAAAUGUUAACCUCAUGACUAAAAUACACAAUAUUCACACAUGUAGAGUCCUAACUAUGCUGGAGAUGUCCUUUGGCCAACACCCCUCAUUAGCCAUCACCUCUGUCUCUGCUGGGAGCCUCAAACACACACCUACACACACUAACACACACACUACACACACCGGGGUCGACCUCCUUUUCUUCCAGUCAGCAUUUUCCACCUCGAGCCUCGUCUCUCUCUGCGGUGGUGACAGAUAUUAAUGAUCUCUCCCUGUUUCCCCUCGGCGCCCCGUCCCCGUCCAGCCUUGAACUUUGAUUCAUCCUCUCUUCAUCAAAGCCUUGAUUGUUUUUCUAACCUUUGUUUUCCUGCACCUGCAGGGCGUGGGUCUGUCGGUUCACGGACGGUUUCGAGUGGCCACUGAGAAGACGCUGUUUGCCAUGCCGGAGACCGCCAUCGGUAAGUGUGUCCAGCUGAACCGACCGCUGACCUCCACCUUCACUUUUAUGUAUUUUUUAAAUUUUUUAAAGUAAUUUUUGGAGGUUUUUUUUUAAGACGUUAUAAGACAGGAAAGGUGUGAAGCUAUCAGUGCCCCAGUGUUUACAUUGUUAUGGUUUAUUUGAAGUUUUAAGGGUCAACACAAUUUACUGCAUCUGAUCCUGUCAGCUGUUAGACACUUUCCUUUGUGAUGUGGUUUUAGCAUUAUGUGGGUGGUCUUCAAAUGAUCAAUAUGAUUUCCCCUCUACCUAAGACUUCAUUUCAGGUCUGCAGUUAAUAUCAUAAAAGUGUUGAUACUCUCCAGAUGUGAACUGAUAAAUUAGUGUCGUGCAGAAUAUGAAGAAAGUGCGGUGAAUUGAUUUUUCUUCCUCCAUCCCUGCAGCGAAGUCUGAUCCUCUUAAGUGGGAGUUGAAGGUUUCUGAUCAGUCUGGUAAUUAAAGCAUUUCUGCGUGACUUUGAGAUGAACAAAUUAAAUUAAACGAUCAAAAGUCAAGAAGAAGUCGGUUAUAGUGAGUAAAAAUAUCUGCAAGUUUUGAAAUUUGACAGACAAACUUUUUUACCUUAAAAAUUUGCAGUGUCUCUGUUUGUAACUCUUUGAAUAGAUGUGAUAAAAGCACGUCCUCAUAUGUUGUGUAGGUGUAUAUAUUCAGUAGGGGGGCUUCCUGCAUGUGAAACCAUGGAAACCUCUCCUUGUUGUGCUCCUGUCUGAUCCUGCAGUGUCGAUGCUCACUAAGCUAGUUUGCUCUUUAGCUAAUUGACUCCUGCAGACAGAUGGUCCUGUCCUGAGGCGCUGAGGAGAUUAGUAACAAAUCUCCAGCAGAUAAUGAAUCACUGCUGAGAUUAGAGCAUAAACUAGCUUGUUGGCAUUUAAUUCUGGAGGACUUUUCAUACUCUUAUGAAUAAACAUGAAAAUAUGUAUUUACUGAAUAUUUGCAGAGACGAUAAAUCUGAAUAUUCAACAUGCUGCUGCUUUCCAGACGUGAAGGAGUUUGUUCUCAGACAGUUCUCGUUCUCAGCGCGUAUGUUGGCAUUACUGAGAUUAUUAUUGAUCUUAAUUAAUUAAAGUUUGAAAAUACACUGUAGCCGUGUUCAAACAUGUACAUCUACCACACUCCUGUAAAACAUCAAGUACCUGUGUGCUGAUUUUCUACUUAGGUGGCUGCUGCAUUGUGAAUUAUUGAUAGCAGGCCUACACACGUAUCGAUAAAUUCAGGUUUAAUUAAGAGUAAAACAAACAUAUUGUUUUCGUCGUUUUCCACCAAACUUGGAUCAAACUCGUCCUCGAGUUCCUCUGCGAUGAUUUUAUAUUUUUACAGCAACAUUUUUAAGUCUGAUAAAUCUUAAAGAAACUUAUUUUAGUGGAGCUACUUUAAUUUUUAGAUAAUUACUUUAAGUCUGAAACUGCCACACUGCUCUAUAUUUAAUGCAAAUUCAGGAAAGUUACUUGAAAAAACUCUAAUCCAGUUUUCUUUGAGUCCUGCUGUGAUUUUCCACAUUAAUCGCUGCUUUAUUAAAAAAAAAAUGAACACACUGCUUACUUCUCAUUCUGCAGAACGUCUAUAAUGCACAUCUCUCCAUACCCCUGUUAUUAUAAUGAUAAUUGGAUAAUUAAUUACAGCUGGAGCAGAACAUGCCUCUAUACACAAAACUUAAUUCAUGUGUUCAUCAGCAACUUUCACUAAAUGUGCAAAUUUCCCUGAACUUGUUUUACUGCAACAUUUUUCUGCUGUUAGAUAACUGUUUUGAUGCUCAUACACUUUUAUUACUGUGCUUUAUUUUUUCAAGUUUAUCCAAAAAUAAGAUUAUUCUUCAUCAGCAGAAUCUGAUGAAAUCUAAAUUAGCCAGGUCCGCCUUUUCAGUCUGAGAGCUGCAGUUUCUAUGCGAUCAGUACUUCAAGGUUGCUCAGCCGUUAUUGCUUUGUUUUGAUGAUUAUGUCGUCAGCAGAAAGAAGAAAAGAGCUAAAGUUGUUUUGGAGUUGUGUGUGUUUCUCACUGAGGUUAAGCUGGAAUAAGGAGGAACAGGAACAGGAGUGUAAUUAAAUUUUCCUGGUUUAGGAUUAGCUUUAUGAGAGAGAGUCUGAUGUGCGUUACCUGUCGUCUUUAAGGGUGUGUCCUCUGAAUCCCUGAGCUUGUUUCCCUCUAAUCCACGCAGGUGCAACUUAGUGUUAUCUCAUUCUUGCAGGUGCAGAAGCCCCAUAAACACAUCCUGUUUGGUCUAAUCGUUGACUCCUCUGAACCUCAUGAUGGUUUUAAAACUCCGGUGUCACUUUAGAAAGACGGAGAGAAAUCUCAGCUGAUCCUCUUUGGAGCUGUUGUUUUGUCUGCUUGUUAUUUUACCAACAGCUCCUGGCUUACAGGCCUGACUCUGCAAACAGAAACUCAGACCUCACACUGCAGUAUGUCCAACAACAGGUCACUGACUUCAAACAUGAAGUAUUUACUAAACCUUUUUUCCUGUAUGCAUGAUAGUAGCCACGUUUACAUGGACAAAACUUCUUGAUAUGAUUAAAAAUUUGAGGUAUCAGAUAAUCUGAAUCCAGUGUUUAUAAGGGUGCAAAGCCAAAUAAUCCGAUCAUGACGUGCGUAUACAUGCACCAAGCUUUAUUCAGAUUAGAAGCAUUUGGACAUGCGUAGAGUUGUCUGAUUUCGCUGAAACAACCACAGAAGAAGAAGAGUUGCAUUUACGCCUGUGCUGUCAACAAACCAACAAACGCGGUAAUGGCUCUCAAUUCAGCUCUAUCGCCUCUGAUUGGCUAGAAGUGCUGGGCUCCAAUUGGUUAUUCCUAAUGGCUGUAAAAUGUCAUCAUUUGUCAGGUUAGUAUUAUGAUGAGGGUUAAGAGAUUCAGAAGUGCGAUAAUUUUCUAUAAUGUUCUAUUCGUUGUACAGAGCCGACAGCUAGCGUUUGGCUUGAGCGUGUGAUGACGUUUGCAGCUUUCCUAGCCAAUCAGAGGCGAAGGAGGCAGGACUGUCCCCUGAAGUUCUAGAAAAAAAAAUGUCGCUCACUGGAGGAGCAGACACGGCACCUGCGGUUGUGUUUUAUGCCAGAGUGUUAGACAAAGAUGAAAGAGUGAAGAUUGAGUCAGGUAAGAGAGUCACGAUCGGAGUAACGAUCGGCCUAAACUACCCCUCUCGAUCGGAAUACAAUUUUCUUUCCGAUUGAGCCGAAUUGAAUCUGAGUCUUCCGAUCGACAUGUUUACAUGACACAUUUUUAUUCCAAUCGGGCAUUUAUUCCGAUUAUUGGCAUCCAUGUAAAAACAGCUAAUGUCUGAAUCUAUGCUGACUACCUGGUCCAGACUGACUUGCAGGAGUGCAUUUUCACUUUAUGGUUGAUAGGCACUCAUCAGCACAUGCACAUGAUCAAAUCUAUGUUCAAGAAUCUCGUGUAGAUUUUAAAUAUUAAGGAUGUUGACGUGCAAAUCUACACCAAGUUUCACAAAUGACACCCAGAGAGAGAAACAAGUCAUUUAGCCCCAAAUCGUUUUUGCACCAGGCUGUACAUGUGCAGAAGAGAGGUACUGGGUCGUGCUUUCAUGCAUUUUAAUUUUUUAGGUGUGCACCUUAAAAAAACGAGAGACUAAGAGGCUGAACAAACUCAGACAAGAAUAUGAGGAAUGCUGGUUUUACGUUUGGGCCACUCAGACUUAACAAUGCUCAGCAGAGGCUGAUACUUUUCACGUGAUUUGUCAUGUAAUCUACAAUAACUGACAUGUUUUCAAUCAUCUCACAAAUCCUCUCAUGAUGUCCAAAAGGCUGAGAGCUUAUCCGUUAUUCCUGCGUGGAUUUAAUCACGCGUCCCUCCUCGCCCUUUGGCCCGGCUCUGAUUUAUUAAAAGCUCUCCUCCUUCAGUCCCCGACACUUUGUAAUUCAGCUAUCAGCCUUUAGAGUCAGGGUCAAAGACGUGAGAUGAGGAGGGGUGAGAAUCUCUGACAUGAUCUAUAUUGUCAACACAUAUAAUGAAAAUCCUCUGAAAACUAUUAACAAAUUAAAGUCACCCUCAGGUCCUCCUGAGUGUGAGUCUAAAGCCUGAUAAAUCUCCUUUAUCAGAUCCUCCUCCUCUGCCAAACAGCUGCAGGGUCCUCUGGCUUCUUGUAGAGAAAGUGGUCGUCAGAAACAUCACAUCUGCUCUGUGAGUUUCAGCCAAAGAGGACUGAUAUCACUGAACUUAAAGAUCAAGAAAUGAAAGCUGCAUUUUUCCUCAUUAUGAUCAAUUUUAUGUUUUAUUUUAAAGCAUUAUUUGUGAUUACAGUUAAAUUAUUAGUUAUCAGGUAAGCAGGCUGCAAGCUUACAAACCAAGAGUCUGAUUUAAAGGUUGGAUGAACUUCAGAGCAGCUGCAAACAAACCUGCAAACCUGAGUCUUUAAAAUGUGUGUGUGUUUGCCGAAAUGACUAAAGUAUGUGCAAAGUACUUAGAGGAGAGUGCAAAGAAUUGAAUUUAGCUUAAGCUUUGUGAUUUACUUUGUUUGAGCUCUCAGAUAUGUUUCUCCUCUUCACUGGUUCCUCUCAUUGGUCUGUCUUUCAUUUUGCACCUGCUGUCAGUCUUCUUUCCAAACUGUCCUUGACAUUAACCAGGUAAACCUGCAAAACCUUAAUUUGAAUACCAAGAUCUCCACAGUCUUUCACCUGACGUCAGUUACGCAGUUCUUCUUCGCUGAUCGAAAAACAAAACGUUCAGUUUGACUAAGUGUUGGUUAUGUGGAUUCUGAGUUUAGAAGCAGGAGGCAGAGUUUGGACAGGGAGCUAAACUAUAUUCUUAAACAUUAUCAAGAGUCCUGGUGAUUUAAUACAGUUUUACAUAAAUUUUUUUUUAUAGGGCUGGGAUGUUACGCUUUUCUCCCGAUUCGAUUCUUCUAAGAUUUUCUGGAUGCCGAUUCGAUCUAAAUUGCUAUUCUACGAUUUUCUCGAUUUUAAGUCCGCUUUUUCAACACCAAUGAAACAGUUGAAUGAUUGUGAUUAUGCACUGACUAAUCCAGGAACCAUAUUUCCCCAAAAAAACAUCACAAGUAAGUCAGUUUUUAAGAUUUAUCCUUAAAUUUGAAGAACAAAAAUUGGAUUAAAAAUUGUAAAACAAAAAAUUGCGACACAAUUUUUUCUCCCAACCUUAGUUUUUAGCCAACACUGAGCUUUGGUUGGACUUCAUGAAGUUCUCAUCUGUCACAAACUUCCUCCAGCUUUUAAAGAUCACAUGGGUUUUUAAUGGUUUAAUUGCAAACUUAGUAUCUUUCUAACUUCUCACACUCUGCUCUUGCUCUUCCACACAAACCCCCUCACCCCCGUCUCACCCCCUCCUGUUGAGGUUACCCCCCCCUGCAGCGGGAUUAACAGAUUUAACGCAGCUCUGCCGGCGUUCUGAACAACAGCCAUAAUCUGCUGCAUUUAUGAUAUUACAUUUUCAGCUGUGAAUCAGGUCAGAUCAUCUAAUCCCCCCCUCUCCCAUGAUGCUCCGAGCCCCCUCCCCCAAAGUGACAUCCCACAGUCCAGGAUACGACUGUGACCAAUGAAAGAAACCCAGAGGCAAAAAAAAAAGACACACAGAAUGAGUCCAGCUCAGAUUAAGGCCGUGGAUUGUGAUGAAAUAUUUCAUAAUCAUUCAUUCGGGUAAGCCGCUUGUUUCUCUUUCUGCCGUGUGUCAGGAAUUAUGUGUUCUCUUGACGGUUGUACAGAAUCAGACUGAACAUAAACCACGUGGUCCUGAGGUGGAGGUUCUUAGAGGACAAAUCUGCUCCCUGGUUUUUGUGCGUUUGAUAGUUUUUGAUAGUUUAGAUAAAAAUGAGUUCACGCCUGUGAAUAAACAGAAACACUAGUAUUGAUUUAAGAGCUGGUGUAAACGGGGGUCUCUGAACGCCUCCUCUGCUCUCUGACAGUAUUGAUGGUGACAGAUGAUCAUGUUGACACUAACCGGACGAGAACAUGCCUGAAACUCUGUUCUGUUCUUCUUUUUUCUUUUUCUCAGGGCUUUUCCCCGACGUCGGAGGAGGUUACUUCCUGCCGAGGCUUCAGGGGAAAUUGGGACUGUUUUUGGCCUUGACAGGCUUCCGUCUCAAAGGGCGGGAUGUGCAGAGAGCUGGAGUGGCUACUCACUUUGUUGAGUCCAAGAAGGUAAAUUAUACUUUCAAAUAUCCUCAUAUGGGGGUUUUAUUUUUAUUCUGACACCCUGAGUUAGUGAGAAGUGUUACUAACAGACUUUCUCCAGGUCUGAAACACUUUAGAGUGUUGGCUCUGUGAGAGGGUGUGUUGGUGCAGUAGGGGAGGGUGGGGUCAGAGCGUCGCUGAAGAGCCGGAUGCUGAGUCACAAGCUACCGAUGUUCAGCGGCUGCUCCAGAGGAGGUUGUGUUUGUUUGCUGUUGGCGUGAAGUCAGAACUGUGGGCGUCUGUGUUUGUUUGGGACCGAGACCUUGACUGUUUGGACGGACAAACCGGGGGAGGGAAUUAUUUUAUCUGUCCAACUUCAGCAUCAAAACAUGGAGUCAUUAAUAAUUAAACCAAAGAGUGAUGGACUUUGAUCAAAUCUAAGAGUCUUUUAGUUACAGAUAAGAUGUCUGUGGAGACGUCUCAGACACACAACAAUGCAAACAUGAAUUAAUGCUCUUUAAAGUUUGCACUGUCUGAUAAGUUCAAACCUUCACACUGUUUCAUAAAUGUAGAAAUUGUUCAAUCACUUUAUGUCUGAAAAGUCUCUCAAACUGUCCCCCUAACCUCUGUCUGAGGCUGUUUUUAACAUGAAGUCCUCUAAAUCUGCAGAUCCCAGAGCUGGAGAAGGAGCUGGUGGACCUGAAGUCUCCCUCAAACGAAGAUGUCUCCAAAGUUCUGGACUCCUAUCAGAACCAGGUGAGAACCCUCACUGAGGAGAUCCACUCCACUCCUCAGUCUGUGUUUCUGACCGUUUGUUUCUCUCUCCACAGAGUAGUCUGGAUUCUGAUAAACCUUUCGUCCUGGACAAACACAUCUCUGAUAUCAACAGGUAGUUCGUCAAUUUCUGUUGCACUUUCAUCAUUUCAACUAUUUUUUUUAUUUUUUAUUACAAUUCAUGAUUAUUAUAUAUUUUUUUAUUUCCUGUUUUCUUUUUGCCUGAGAACCAAUUAAGUAUUGAUUAAAUGACAACACAUUAUCAUUAUAAUUGUUCUUUUUUAUCAUUAUUAUUAUUAUUAUCAUCUCUUAUUUUAGUAAUUUUAUUUUUUGCCUGAGAAUCAUUUGAACCCUGAUUUCAUUGGAACACUAUCAUUAUUAUGAUUAUUAUUAUUAUUAUAACUUUUUAACUUCUUUUCUCAAUCGACUACUACCAUAACUAUCCUUUUUAUUAAAUAGGUAAAAAAAAAGCAUUUCUAUCAAGCUCCACUGCUAUUAUCACCAAUAUUAUGACUACUAUUGUUAAUUAUUUAUUUUAUAAUUAAUUUAAAAAAUGUUUUGUUUGUUCGCACUUUCACGCUCUAACUUUCCUGUCAAUUUCUAGAGUAUUUUAGGACAGCCUACUUUGUGUCCCACCAGCUUUGUUCGUUAUUCCUCCUCAUUCUCUGUGAAUUUCUGACUGACUGGUACAGCCCGCCUAAACUCUUAAAAGUUGUUUUUUCAUCAGCAAAAGUUUCCUGAAGUUUCUGUAAAUUUUAAGGAUCACUUGGUCGUAGAUCUGAGGAAGCUUGAUGUCACUGAAAUGCACUUAAACAUCCUGAACAAAGCCCAAAGUUAAAAAUGUAGUUUUUGGUACCAGGUCAAGAGGAGUUGAGUCAAGUGGUAUCAUGAAGAGGUUUUAGUUAGUCUUUUCUCGCUGUCCUCUGCUGUGUCUGUGAUAUCCUCUCUAAGACCAUCUUCCCUCUAAAGAUGCACAUUUACAAAAACAAAAACAAACCGAAGUGCUGGACAGCAGCUGGGCUCUGCAGUUCUUGCGUAAUACCAGGAUUAAAGUAAAUGCUGUUUUUAUUUGGACUAUUUUUGGAUGCGAUGCUCAGUGAUGCUUUUAAUAGUCCUUGGAUGACGAUGGCGCUCUGUGGCACGAGGUGUAUCAGGACCACAGAUAACACUCGACAGUGUAGUGACUUAAAUUAUCGUUUUGACCAAACAAAAGUGCCAAAUGUCGCUUCAUCUGUGACGGAUCUGUGUCGGUGUUUCUCUUCUUUUCAGACUGUUCAGCUCUGGCAGCGUUGAGGGCAUCGUGCAGAACCUGAGGGCCGACGGCUCAGAGUUCGCCAAGAAACAAGCCGAGGUAUGACCCUGACCAUCCCUCUGAAAUCUGCGCCUGAAUCUCACGUUACUCAGACUCUCAGACACCAGAUCUGAAGUUCUGCUGUUUCCCCACAAUCAGAUCAAUCCCCCUGAGAGAGCUGCAGCAUUAUUAGGCUUUAGUAGUUUGUGUUAGUAAUUAGUAUUUACCCCGUUUAAGCUCCUAAUGCGGUUAGUUUUAGUCGUGUCCCUCCGAUGAGAGCUCUGAUCAGACCGCAGCGGCUUCUGUUCAUUUUUCCUUCAAAGUUUUUACGUUUACUUUUUAUAAAUGUGACUUUUUAUUGAACGCAUUUUCAGCCUGACUGUCCUGUGAGUAAAAAGACAAACUCCUAAAUGAAGCUUCCUAAAAUCAUUUUUAUCUCAUUUAAAACAUUUCAGCUCUUUUAAGACGUCGCUGCCUUCGACAAACGUUUCACAUUCACAGGAUCCUCUCAAACCAUGAAAUCCUGAAUUAGAGCCAAGGGGGGUCUCCUCAGGCAUCAAAUAUUCAUCAUAAACCCACAUCCUCAGUCUGUACUCCAGUGCUGAAUCCCUGUUCUGCCUCAUACAUUAAAAAUUUAAGCCAUCUUCACCCCGAGUCACACAUUACCGAGCUUUGUUUCUUCUCAGUGAUUACUCUUGAUGGUUUUCCAAAGAAAGACCUAUAUUUGUGUUCAGCUUCAGUCUCUGACACAGAACUGUUCCUCUUUUUUCAGACUCUGGCCAAGAUGUCUCCCUCAUCCCUGAAAAUCACCUACAAGCAGCUGCAGGCCGGUGCAAACCUGAGCCUGCAGGAAGUGCUGGUGAUGGAGUAUCGACUGACGCAGGCCUGCAUGGUAACGACCAAAUCACCUCUUUAAAACAGAAUUAGAUUUAUAUUAUUUUACCGCUUAAAAGUUAUUAGAAUGGAAAGGGUCUUAAGAUGAGGAAAAUUCAGCUGGUGCAGUUUAUCUCAGGUUUUACAGCAAGUUUUACUUAGUUUCAAGAUCCAGUCAUAGAAUUAAUCCCCGAGUUAAACUAAACCCAGCAUUAGCUUCAGAUUGGGUGAUUAUUACCUGCAGGUGUUACACCUUGACUGCAGUUUGUUUAUUUUACGCUGCAGACCUUUGCUGAUCUGAUCUGCAUGAUAACAGAACAAAAGCUGAUGCUAAAGUAUUACACACAGUUAUGAAAAACUGGGAUUUGAGCUGUUUACUAUGACAGAGUGUUACGGUCUCAUUAAAGAAAACAAAAACUGAGAAGAGUGACGUAACGUUAGGAGAAAAAAAGUUUAAGUUUGAGGCUCAUUUGUCCCACUGAGCAUUUUUUGGUCUAAAAGAGCUCUAAUAGACGUCUAAAUGUAGCCUAGACGACCGGUCUAGAAUCAGGCUACCACAAAUCUAAAAGUGAAAGUUUUUUAGAGGUCUAAAUUUAGACCAAGUCUGGAUCUGGGCUAUAUUUAUACUAUAGUGUAUAUUGCUCAAUGGCUAUCAUUAAGUACUUGGAGAUCAGUUAUGCAACUCACAGUUGCUUUUUGAAAUAGUUAUCAAAUAACAGGUUAAAGAGCAACGUCUAAAUUCUGUCUAAAAAUCAACAGAAUCUAGACGGUUGAAAAAACUAGACGUCUAAUAGCCGUCUUUUGCUCAGUGGGUAAUUUUGGAGGAAAAUAUCAGAAGUCACAUAUUAUUGAAACACUUGAACCACAUUCCCUGUGGCUUCAGUUUUCUAUUUUACUUCUAUUUAAUGUUUGAAAGCUGUAACAGUUUCUCUUUGUUUCUCUUGUUUCUGCAGAAAGGCUUUGACUUUUAUGAAGGUGUGAGAGCCGGUGAGUUCCUGCAGGGAUGUGGGUUGUAGGUGCAUGUGGGUUUUCAGUGAUGUAGCUGUGAUUUAUAAGGAUUAGACAGAAAGCUAUGAUAAAAAUGAAUGUUGUAUGAGGGUAAGUUAAUAAUAGUCAUCCUCUUUUGCAUGUCUCCAGUGUUGGUUGAUAAAGACCACAGCCCGAAGUGGAACCCCUCCACACUGGAGGAGCUGCCAGACCAGACCGUGGACCAGUGGUUCUGCUCUCUUGGAGACAAAGAUCUGACUCUCUGAAGUCCAACAGCUGCUCUCCAACUUCAAACACUAAACCUUCAUCGAACCUCCUGUCCCACAAUCCUCUGCAAUCAGUCAUACAGGAAGACUACACCGCUGAGGACGGGAGAAAAACUGUCGAAUUAGUACAAAGAGUACACAGGUCAUCCACCUCCAGAUCGACUGAGUGUGAUUUAAUACUGCAGUGACAUUUCACAGGAAAAUCCAGGCUGCUCCUCCACAGCUGAGGAGCUCUGAUUCAUGUUCACAGCCAGAAAUAGAAAGUAGUAGCAGCAGAGGUAGCCAGCAGAUGCCCCGUGUGUCACACAUGAGAAAUGAGUAGUGUAAACUUUCUCUGCAGCAGAAGAGGAGUCUGUUUUUUAUCUGACAUGACGUGGUUUCUCUCCUCUGCUGCAGAAUCAAGAAUGUGCCGCACAGCAGCAUUAACAUGAGUGCAUCGGAGGAGAAAAUGAUCUCACCGCUGAGUGCUUUGGUACAUUUGCUUCCUGUGGGCUUUGUUGAUGUGACGUGGAUCAUCAGUAUCAUCAGUGUUUUUGCAGAGUGCCCACUCGCCACAAUACAGAUAAUGUGUUGUCUCGUGUCUCUGUUCUUUCUUAUGUAUUAUUCGCUCAUUUUCAGAUUUACACUCCUGAGACAGAACGCAGAUCUGAGUCUGUAUAGAAACAUUUCCCCUGGACCCCGAACUCAAUCGUCUGAUAUGUGAUUUUUAGUCUUUGGAUCGGCCUCUUCUCGUGGACACUGAUACAGCCCGGAUUUACAAAGUGACACCAACAUAGAAGUGCCUUAAACCUGCAUUGUUUCCGAUGGCCAACAGGGGGCGACGCCUCAAAAAUUGACCUUUUACCUUAAAAGAUGGAAAUACAGUCACAUCUGCCUCGAAUAAACAAGACCGUGUCAGUAACACCAAACUUGACUUAUCUGUAGAUGUAGUCCACUAAAAAAAUGAGUGAUAUCACCAUGGUUACGUCUACUUUUUAUAAACAGUCUGUAAGCUCCAGUCUAAACAGAUGAUCUGCGAGACAGCCAGUUCAAUUAGACAUGAAAACUGCAGCAAAAAGCAAUAAAGACACUCUGAAAAGUCA